AUGUGGGCGGUGCUAUCGAUAAAGUAUCAUACUGCGCUUGAUAUCCUUACUCCUGAAAAAGAAGUGGAUUCGUUAGUAUCCGUUUCACGUGCUGAUGAAACCAGCAUCGUUUUGCAUGUAAAACAAGAAUUAAAAAUUUCACAGUGGACAAUUUCUUUAACUCUGGUGGCGUCUGAAUUUCUCCUGAUUGCAGUUUUUCAAGUGUAA